AGAAUUUUGUCGAUCUUUACCCAUCUUGUGAAUUACAAAAUAAUAAUUUUGUCUGUGUUUGACUGAAGUCCUCCACUAGCGCUAUAGCACUGUCCCGCGAUGAGUUCGAGAAGUUUUAGACUCGAGACAAGGAGCAGAGCUAGAGAUGAGAUCAAGAAGAUCAUGCAAACGGUGGAGAAGGUUAGAAAAUGGGAAAAGAAAUGGAUAGAUAUGGGCGUGUCCAAUUCACUAAAGGUGUACAAGUGGGUACCAGUUCGUGACGAUAACCCAGAGGAAGAUGAGGACAAAGAGAAUGAUGCGUUUGGACUGGCAGAGGACCAGCAGAGGACCACCCAACCUCCUCAGGGGGAACCAACACUACCUGACAUACUACCAAGUGCUCCAGUGACUGUUGUCCCAGACCUGAAGCUAGGCUCCACCCAGAUCAAUCUCGCUCCUGUUCAGGCUCUACCAGAGAUGCUAUUGGACACAGAUGAUGGGAAUAAACUGACUGAACCCAACACUGCGGCAACUGACCUUCUUUCAUCUUUACUACCUUCAAAUGAUGAGUCCCCUAUGGAUAUCACCACCACACCGCCUCAGGAGCCACAAAUCACAACCCCCGAAGUAGCUACUAAGCCAGAAACAGUUGAAAAUGUUGAAGAUGCUGGAAUUGAGGUGGCCCAACAAGAAGCCACCAGCGCGGUUGCUACUAGUGAUGACACUGUACAGCCGACACAGCGUUCAGAAGAGGGAGUGGAGGCUGCAAAAGACAAUUGUCCCUCGCUUGAUGUGCAGGACAUGCCAGCUGUACCUUCAGAGCAGUCCACAACGUUGGAGCAGGUAUCCACGCACUUACAGACUGAGAGUGUUGAAAGAAGUUUGGAACAAUCUGAUGCUCCCUCCCCAAAGAAACAGAAACUAGACUCACCAGAUAGCUAGUGUGCAUAUAGACUAGUGCCGUUUAUAUUAAUAAUCAUCACUUAUAUUCAGCCUUUUUUUGUCUCUUAUCUUAUUGAGUGAUUCGAAAUAAUUAUAAUUAUCCUAUUAGCUAUGA